AUGAGUGGAACCGGGGCUCUCAGGCAGAGGGCGGCGAGAGGGAGACGAGCGGGGAAAGCGGCCGAUGCUCCUGGCGGGAGGGCGCAUACUGAUACACCUCGGAAAGCCGGGAGCUUGAUCCACCAGCCCGAGAACCUGCUACUCCCUGCCUCCAGCUGCUUGGCACCUGGAGACCGAGCUCUUUUCAGAGCCAGCAGACAUCACCCUUUCUUCCCAAACCUAGCCGUUUGUUUGUUUCCAUUGCUCUUCCUUCUCCCUUCUGUGCUCUCCCUCCCGUGCCCCCGGUUCCUCCGAUCUGUAUUCUCUCCAGAGCCGCAAACGUCUUACUCCUUCCGCGGCCUCCAGAUCUCCUCCUUCGCCAACCGCAGCUGGACGCGCACGGACUUCCUCGCGUGGCUGGGGGAGCUGCAGCUCUAUACUUGGCGCAAUGAGUCGGACACCGUCGGCUUCCUGAAGCCUUGGUCUCAGGGCACAUUCAGUGAGCAGCAGUGGGAGCAGCUGCAGCAUACGUUUCAGGUUUAUCGCAGGAGCUUCACCAGGGACAUCUGGGAAUUCGUCAAAAUACUGCACCUCGACUAUCCUCUUGAGAUCCAGAUAUCUGGAGGAUGUGAGUUACUUCCGAGGAACACCUCCGAAAGCUUCUUACGUGCAGCAUUUCAAGGAAAGGAUGUCCUGAGUUUCCAAGGAAUGUCUUGGGUGCCAGCCCCAGAUGCCCCCCCUUGGAGCCAGGAGCUCUGCAAGAAGCUCAAUCAGGACCAAGGGACCAAGGAAACAGUGCACUGGCUCCUCCAUGACAUCUGGCCCCAAUUGGUCAGAGGCCUCUUGCAGACGGGGAAGUCCGAGCUGAAGAAGCAAGUGAAGCCGGAGGCCUGGCUGUCCAGUGGUCCCCCUCCCCGGCCUGGCCACCUGUGGCUGGUCUGCCAUGUCUCAGGAUUCUACCCAAAACCCGUGCGGGUGACGUGGGCGAGGGGCGAGCAGGAAGAGCCUGGCACUCAGCAAGGAGACGUCAUGCCCAACGCCGACUCGACUUGGUAUCUGCGAGUAACCCUGGAUGUGGAGGCUGCGGAGGCGGCUGGCCUGAGCUGCCGAGUGAAGCACAGCAGCCUGGGAGACCAGGACAUCAUCCUGUACUGGGAUCAUCACAGCUCCGUGGGCUGGAUCGCCUUGGCAGUGAUUGUGACCCUGGUCCUCAUGGCAGGUCCUGCAUUUUGGCUUAGGAAGCACUGGACACACCGUGGAUCCCCAAGUUCUAGUCUCCCUUUGGAAUGA